GGCGGGGAGGCGGGGAAGAGGAGCUGACCGCUGCUGUUAAACGGAACUCCAGAGACCAGAGGAUCGCGGGACAGAGAGAUGCCGCUGGUCACUCACUAACGGCGCGUUUUUGUCAAGUAUAAGCACUUUACUGCAGUUUUUCCACAGGCGGUUCCACUGAAGCUGACCUCCUCUGGACUCUAAGUUUGUGCGCUCGGCCGCGGAGGUGACAGGCGGGACUCGUUGCUGCUGCUGCUGCUGCUGCUGCCGGUGCUGUUCCCCGCAGAGACGGAGGUGAUGGACCGAGAGGCAGACGCGGAUGCGAGGAGGAAGAUCCAAUUUUCCGUGCCUUCCUCCGUGCCCACCCAGCUGGACCCGCGACAGGUGGAGAUGAUUCGUCGUCGGAGGCCGACACCUGCCACGCUGUUCAGAUUGACGGACCCACCAUCACCAGAAGAAGACAGCAGCCCACAUCAGCAGUGGGCUCUUGGGGAAAAUGGAGCUUUGAAAGCCAAACUGGUUCACAUGUCAACCUACCAGCCGCCAUCUCUUAAAGCUGUCCAGAAGAUGGCACAGGCCCAUUUGUCCUCACUUGACAUGAAGUCUGUAGACACAGAGUCCUCUUCAGGGGAAGAAGAGGAGCAACAUGAUGAGGAAAGGCAGCAGAAAGCCUCAGAAAGCAAGGCACAGAGGGAUCAGCGUGGUCUCCUGGACAGUCUGACAGAAGGUCAUCGCCACAAAGACAAAGAGGAUGCCAAAGAAAGAGAGGAAGGAAAUGCAGAAUGAAAAAUGAAGAGGGCCCUGAUCGAGACAGUUUUAGAGAUGAAUCAAUAUGCAUAGCACAUGUGUGUGCCGUACAUGUGCGUGUAUGGAUAUGUGUAUGAGUGUGUAUUAAUUGGGUCUGUGGGUUUGUGGAAACAUACAGUGUAAAAGAGGAAUGUGGGGAAAAAAGAGAAACACAACAGAGAUUAUAUGAUAAAGGUCAGAAUAUCAUUGAGCUGACUGAGGAAAUCUUUAGCUGGAGACUUGUGAAGGAAAUUCUGUCUCCGUCAGCCAAAGAAACGAGGGCUAAAUUCCAAUCAGCCAAGGACACUGCACAAGAAAUAUAAGAAUAGGUAAAAACUCUCGUAUUUUCAUAAAGCAUUCAUUAGUUCAAAAAGGUGUUUUGUUUUUGUUUUGUUUUAUUCAGUUUGAAGGUCUGGGAAUACUGUGAGACAUCUGAGUUUGAAGAAUUAGAAUUUAAAUAGCCUUUGUUGACAUCAUGUAAAUGGGGCAUGAGCUGAAGUGACACGGGUGCUAAAUUUACAGUUCAUGUCCGAUUAGAAGCAAAAGAAGUACAUAAAAAAUCAAAUGCCAAAUGUCACAGUGGGUAAUGAAGAUACAUCUGCAGCUAAUAUGUGUGUUGUACAAAUGCACAAGAUUAUAUUUUGUAUGUAGUAUCAGUGCAGACAGUAACAGACUGCAGUGCGAUGACCAGUUCCAACUGGAAUUUAGCUCAGAAACUGUGACACUGCUUCCAAAGUUAUGUCCAUCUCUGAAGUUUGCUUUCCUCAGUCUUUCAGACAUUUGUCUGCAAGGUCAAGAAAUCAAAAGACGGAGGAUUACAGACGAAUUCAGCGCAGUCACAGUAGACCAGAUUAUAUCCUAACAGAUUAAUCCAACUAAUCACGAUAAUGCAGCAAACUGUUUCAGGCUAGAUAUUUUAAACUGUUUUUUUUUUUUUUUGUAACAUGGAGAUUAGCGGACAUGAUAUGUUUGGGAUGCCACACAUGUUAGCUUGAUGCUGAAAUAAAAUCUACCUGACUUUCAGAAACAUCACAUAUGAAGGUUCAUUCAUGACCCUGUACAUAAACACUGUUUCGUGCCGGUUGAUAAUAAAUCAUUUAUGAGGC